AUGGACCGUGUGGGUGACGACCUUCGUGGAGAAGCGAAUGAGUUAAAAGACAAAGACCCGGACACACAGGUGGAAGAGCCUCUACUCCAAGAGAACCCCCGACGCUUUGUCAUCUUCCCCAUUCAGUACCCCGAAGUUUGGAAAAUGUAUAAGCAGGCCCAGGCGUCCUUCUGGACGGUGGAAGAGGUAGACCUGUCCAAAGAUCUACCGCACUGGGACCGACUCAAACCUGAGGAGAGGCACUUCAUCUCGCACGUCCUGGCUUUCUUUGCUGCCAGUGAUGGCAUCGUCAACGAAAACCUGGUGCAGAGGUUCUGUCAGGAAGUCCAGGUCCCCGAAGUGCGCGCCUUCUACAGCUUCCAAAUCCUGAUAGAGACGGUGCAUUCAGAGAUGUACAGCAUGCUCAUCAACACCUACAUACGGGACCUCAAGGAAAGGGACUUUCUCUUCAAUGCCAUUCAAACACUGCCGUGCGUAAGACGCAAGGCCGAUUGGGCGCUCCAGUGGAUUAACGACACACAGGCUUCCUUUGCCGAGCGAAUGGUGGCCUUCGCCGCCGUGGAGGGCAUCUUCUUCUCCGGCUCGUUCGCCGCCAUCUACUGGUUGAAGAAACGAGGCCUCAUGCCGGGUCUCACCUACUCCAACGAGCUCAUCAGCCGUGAUGAGGGAUUACACUGCAAUUUCGCGUGUCUGUUGUACAGCUACCUAGUGAAGAAGCCGUCCGAGGACAGGGUGAAGGACAUCAUCACUAAAGCCGUCACCAUCGAGCAGGAGUUUCUUUCCGAGGCCUUGCCGGUGGAGUUGAUCGGAAUCAACUCUUCGCUGAUGAAGCAGUACAUCCAGUUCGUGGCUGACCGUCUCCUCAUUGAUCUGGGACUAACCAAGGUAUACUUGUCGGAGAACCCGUUCGACUUUAUGGAAUCCAUUUCUCUGGAGGGGAAGACCAAUUUCUUCGAGAAGCGAGUGGGCGAGUACCAGAGAUUAGGCGUUAUGUCCAGCAUGAUGGACUGCGAGUUCACUCUGGAUGCUGACUUUUGA